AUGCCAAGGCGUAGAGUAAAAGAUUUAGCAGAAUUAGUUGAGGAGGAUGAUAUCGAUGAUUGUCAACAUGUAGAUAUAACUUUUAUACCGGGAGAUCAUGAGAGCUCAGAUGGAGAUUCUGAUUGCAAUCUUUAUGAAGAUAUUUCAUCUCAAAUAAUUCCCACCGGCUCUUAUGAACAUGUCAAAAAUACUUACACUAACGAGAUAAUGGUCAAAUAUUAUGGCAGAUUCGGAAUAAAACAAUGUAUACGAAAUAAACCAAUCCGAUUCGGGUUCAAGGUGUGGGCACUUUGCUCCUCAGAUGGAUAUAUAUAUGAACUUGAUAUUUAUACGGGAAAAGCUGGAAUUGAUGAAAGAAAUCCUUUAGUUGCCGUCGGUUUGGGAUCUAGAGUCGUCAUGAAGUUACUUUCACCUCUAUUAGAAGUAACUGACAAAGAUGAUCUUCGUAAAUAUCAUAUAUAUUUUGAUAAUUUUUUCACAAGUCCAGAUCUGAUGGUUCAUUUAGAUGAACUAGGAUUAUCAGCAACUGGGACUGUUAAACAAAACCGAGUCAAAGAAAAAGUUGAGAUGCCAAAAAAAGCAGAAAGGGGUACAACUAUGGCUUUGCACGAUAGUAAUUCAAAUUUGAAUUAUAUCACUGUUAUGGACUCAAAACCUGUAUCAGUUCUUUCAACGAAAUAUGGUGAUGAGCCAAAAGUUGAAGUACAGAGAUGGCACGAGUCAUCUAAGAAGUCAAUUCUCUUCCCUCAAGCGUUUUCAAUGUAUAAUCGAUACAUGGGUGGAGUUGAUCUGCAUGAUCAACAUUGCAAUGCAUUGACGCCUACAAUUAAAAGUAAGAAAUGGAUGUGGUGUCUCUUUGUGAGACUUAUUCAGGCAGCAUUGACAAAUUCUACCGUCAUCUAUAAUAAGCUUCAUCCAGAAUUACCAAAGGGAACGAAAGACCUUAUGCAAGAAGUUUGCCAAUAUUAUCUCGAUAAGUUUUCAAGGGACCGCCCUGUCAGACAAAAAAGACAUAGUGAUAGAUCAUCGAACGAACACAAAAUAAAAAUAGUUGUAUGCAAUGAUCACAAAAAUGACCACAUGGAUGAAGCUUCAUAG